AUGUUUCGAGCCGCGGCCGUCGGUCCUUUUGACGAUGCUGUUGCCAAGGCGACGGACGAGAACCUCACCUCGGAGGAUUGGGGCGCCAUCAUGGAGGUAUGCGACAAGGCCACCGGCGACCAAACAGGCCCGAAGGAAGCUGUCCAGAGCAUGAUUAAGCGUCUCGCGCAUCGCAAUGCCAAUGUGCAACUAUAUACACUCGAGCUUGCACACGCGCUCUGCCAAAACUGCGGAAAGCCCAUGCACCGCGAGGUUUCCAGCCGUGCCUUUACCGACGCCCUUCUCAAGCUCGCCAACGACCGAAACACACAUCAACAAGUCAAAGGAAAGAUCUUGGAGAAGAUGAAGGACUGGAGCGAAAUGUUUAGCAAGGAUGCCGAGCUUGGCAUCAUGUACGACGCCUACUACCGACUCAAGCAAACCAACCCCACGUUGCAAGCCCCCAGCGCGCCGCAAAAACAGGGUCUCACUGCGUCAGACAGGCAAAAGGAGGACGAUGAGCUGCAGAUGGCACUAAAGCUGAGUUUGCAAGAAGAUGAUCGCAAAAAGGCCGUUGCAUCCGCGAGCUCUGCCCAACCUGGCUCUUCUGGCAACGACGAGGCUGCACCAGCUCCACCAGUGCCCGCUGGUACCACGGCCGCCACCGUUAGCCGAGUGCGCGCCUUGUUCGACUUUGCGCCUUCCGAACCGGGUGAGCUGGAGUUUAAAAAGGGCGACGUUAUAGCUGUGCUCGAAAGUGUAUACAAGGACUGGUGGCGCGGCUCUCUCAAGGGCAAUACUGGUAUCUUCCCCCUCAACUAUGUCGAGAAGCUCACGGAUCCCACCCCCGAUGAGUUACAGAGAGAAGCACAGAUGGAAGCCGAGGUCUUUGCAGAAAUCAAGAAUGUGGAGAAGCUUUUGACUUUGCUAAGCGCCUCUAACACGGGUCCUCGGGAGGAAGACAACGAGGAGAUCUCUAAGCUCUAUCACCAAACCUUGGCAAUUCGCCCAAAGCUUAUCAAGCUAAUCGAGAAGUAUUCCCAGAAGAAAGACGAUUUUACGCAGCUCAAUGAAAAGUUCAUCAAGGCACGCCGCGACUACGAGUCCCUCCUCGAGUCCUCCAUGGCGCACCCCCCUCAGCACAACUACCAGCAAUACGCCAUGAGGCCCGGCUCAGGCUACCCUCAGGCCGGAGGCUAUCCCAGCCAGCCACCCCCGUCGCAGGAGCCCAAUCAAUACUACAACUCCGCGCCCCCGGCUGGCCCAGACCACGGCUACCAUACAUCCUCUCCUGGUCCCAGCUUCCCACCUGGUGGCCAACCGAGCGGCGCCCCCUUUUAUGUAGGCGGAGCCGAGGUGCCGUCCCAGACCGGGAACCAGCCGUCCACUCCCCAGCAGUACCCCCCUCGCGACCCGACCCCGCGAAUCCCCUCCUCCUCGCAACCGCCCGUGCCCAACAACAGCACAUCACCUCCACCUCAGGGCCAAAGCUACACACCCUACUCCCCCCAGCCUCAGCAACUGUACCACCCGCCGCCCCAGCAGACCCAGCAGCCGCCACCUCUUCAGCCCGUGCAGCGGCCCCAGAGCACCUACGGUGCGCAGGAGCUCGCCACCUCGGUCUACGACUCUCCCAUUGCACCGCACAACCCGAACAGCUUCUACCCCCAGGACGAAGCCGCCGCCUUGCCGCCCGCACAUCAGCAGCAGGCACCCUCGCAGCCUCACUACCAGAGCUACGCGCCGCCUGACCAGGCCCCGCCCCCUGUGCCAGCCGGCCAGCCUCCGCAGGUCCCUGGCGGCGGUGCUCCGGCCAGUACUACCCCUCAGUAUAAGCCAUAUGUCCCGCCCGGAGCCUCCGCUCCCGAUGGUCCCAGCGCACCCAGCCCCAACGACUAUUACCGCCAACCUGGUGGCUAUUGA